GCAGUAGCCACCCGAGCCACCCCACAUACUUACCUACCUAGGUAUUUACUACCUGUGUUGUAGACGGUACCUCCUGCCGAGGACUCUCCCUUCUACAUACCUACUAAGUAGGUACCUAUGUAGUCAAUCUAAUCCAGUCCAUUAGGUAGUGCCUACUAGGUAUCUACAAUACCCUGACAGUACCGCAAAGGGACUAAUGCCAGCAAGCUUUAACAGUACAUGCUAGAAAAAACCACUUUAACACUCGACGCGUGAAGCCAAAGUCCGAUGCGCGUUUCUUCAUCCCAGCAGUCUGCGAUGCGCCAGCUUGACUGCGAACGGAAAUAAUAUCGACCAUGGCGGACUACCAGGAGGAGGAGGACGCGAUGAUUCCCGCUCUACCGCAGUCACUACGUGCUAUCGAGGUGGUCCUUAUGCCCCCUCGUGACCCGGACUCCUAUCAUCGUAUCCCCCUAAGCAAGCGGGCUCACUCGGGGGACGAGUAUGAGGACUCUGAUUCAGAUUACGCUUCCCAGCCUAAACGGCGCAAAUCCCCCUCCCGGAUUAGCUUACGUCAAGCAUCUCGUCAGAGAUCAGUUGGUCCUAUUUCUGAGUUAAACGACUGGAACUCCGAGAUCACCGACUUAGAGGAUGGCGAAUCGGAAACUAGGACAAGUCGGCCAACGUUAAGAAGUCGUGGCUCGGUUAUUUCAUUACGCCUAAAGCGCCCAACCCGCAACGCUAUAAGUGAUUCCGAGGAUGAAUUAGCCCAAGACUAUGCGCAUCAAGGCGAUGAUGACUAUUUCGAUCUCGUUCGCUCUGAUGUUGCACCCCCCAAAAGAAGUUCAAGGGUGAAAAAACUUAGGGCCAAACCUCCUACAAGAACUACUAGUACCAAACGCAGUUACCGGGAAGGCAGUGAUUCCUCGAUUGGUUAUGAGCCAGCGCGCAGAUCAGCUAGGCCUAAUAUGAACCGGGCAAGCAUGAAGGACCCGACGAUGGAUGACGACGAUGUUAUGGACGAAAAACAGACUAACGCACCCAAGUACGCAGCCAUCAAGGAAAUUUUCCAACAGCUUAGCCCGGAUUCGGAUUCUCAGUUCCAAAAUGCACAUUCGCAAAUAUGCGAAUCCUGCCUUGCUGAAUCUGGAGGGACUAAGAAUCCUCUUAUACACUGCCAAGGCUGCUCUUUCUCUUAUCACAGAGGGUGUAUUGGUCCAAGGGCAGUUAGAGAGCACAGGGUUACCAAAAUCGGCUACGAAGAUUUUGUUUUACAAUGUAAAUUCUGCAUCCAAGCCUACCAGAAGAAAGAUAAACGGGCGCCAGACCAUACACUAUGUCAGGUCUGCAACAUAUCUGGGCCUUCUUGUGUUGAAUUCUCUGCCAAAAAGACACCCAAGCAAGAAGAAAAGGCACGCAUAGAUAACGGAGGGGACGACCCGAUCACUAAGGUAGACCCGACCUUGAUCAACAAUGCCAACAACGUUCUCUUCCGAUGUACAAAUUGCAAACGCGGCUACCAUUUUAGCCAUCUUCCCGCUCUCACUACGGAAAUAGUAGACAAUGAAGAUAUCAAAGAUAACCGGCUUGAGGAAUACUCCUUAGCUGGUUGGAGCUGCAAGGAUUGCAUCGAUAAUAAAUUCAAAGUACAUGCCUUGGUUGCUUGGCGGCCACUCAACCCCUAUCAUCGAGGGCAAACGAACUUAGACUUUACCGAAGACUCCAUUGAGUAUCUCAUCAAAUGGCAAGGACGCUCACACUUUCAUGAUACAUGGAUGCCGGGCGCUUGGGUCUUUGGUAUAGCUCCUGGUAUUAUGCGGCAAGCAUUCCAUAAACGAGAUUCUUCGACCUUUCCUAAGAUGGAUAUAUCGUCUGCUAUAGAAGAAGAGUGGCUAUUAGCAGACGUUCUUUUGAACGUAAAGUACCGUACUCCGGCUAGAACCUCGAGCAAAGCCGAAGACCUUAAACGAAUUGAAGACAUUACCUCGGUCUUCGUCAAAUUUCAAGGUCUUAGUUAUAAAGAGGUUAUUUGGGACGAACCACCACCCCGAGAUUCUGGCGCACCGUGGGAAGCUUUUCUAAUGGCCUACGACGAAUACCUCAAUGGCAAAUACUUCAUUGCAGUUUCUGACCAUAAGAUGCGUGAGCGUAUUCUGUUUUACAGAUCUCUCAACUUUGGCGAAGAGUGUGAGCUGAAGGCCCAGCCCCCUCAACUCAAAAAAGGAAAGCUCAUGGAAUAUCAAAUCGAAGGAGUCAACUUUCUUCUAUACAAUUUCCACCAAAGGCAGAACGUAAUCCUUGCCGAUGAAAUGGGACUCGGGAAAACAGUACAGAUUGUUACAUUCAUCUCCGCUCUCACACACUCCCAGCCAGGUUGUUGGCCGUUCUUGGUCGUAGUGCCCAAUGCUACUUGCCCAAACUGGCGGCGAGAACUUAAACAAUGGGCACCUGACUUAAGAGUCGUAACAUACCAUGGUGGUAGGGUGGCGCAGGAUCUAGCCUAUAGGCAUGAACUUUACCCGGACGGCCCCAAAGGUGGAAUGAAAGCCCAUGUUGUCAUCAUGUCAUAUGAGGCCGCCGCCAAUUUGAACAGUGUUUUCUACGGCGUUAAGUGGGUUGGUUUAAUAGUCGACGAAGGACAACGAUUGAAAAACGAAGAGACGAUGCUUUAUAAAUCGCUUCAAGGAAUGAAGAUUCCCUGUAGAAUUCUCCUUACAGGCACACCCCUUCAAAACAACAAACGUGAGCUAUUUAACCUCUUACAAUUUAUUGAUGCCGAAAGGAAUGCUGAAGAGUUGGAUGCAAAAUAUGCCGAAUUGACUAAAGAUAACCUGCCGGAAUUACAUGAUCUUAUUCGCCCUUAUUUUCUACGGCGGACCAAGGCACAAGUUCUCAAGUUCCUCCCGCCUAUGGCGCAGAUUAUUGUGCCAGUCACUAUGACACUCCUGCAAGAAAAAUUGUCAAAGUCCAUUAUGGCACGAAAUCCCGAGCUCAUCAAGGCAAUCAUCUCCAGGUCAAGGGUCAAAGCCGGAGAACGAAAAUCUAUGAACAAUAUUCUCUCUGAUCUACGGCAAUGUUUAUGUCAUCCGUUCUGUUUCAAUGGUGAAAUUGAAGACAAGACGGUUGAUAUAGGACAAAUGCACAGAAACCUCGUUGAAGCAUCACCGAAACUCUUACUUUUCGACAUUAUGCUUCCAAAGUUGAAGGAACGAGGUCACCGUGUAUUAAUAUUCAGUCAAUACCUCCAUUCUCUUACAAUCCUGGAGGAUUUUUUAACUGGUUUAAAUAUGCCACAUGCUCGCAUUGAUGGCAGUCUAUCAGCAUUAGAAAAGCAGAAACGGAUCGAUGCAUAUAAUGCUCCUAAUUCCCCAUUAUUUGCUAUGCUUCUCUCUACCCGCGCUGGAGGCGUUGGCAUCAACCUGGCUACAGCAGAUACGGUAAUCAUUUAUGAUCCUGACUUCAACCCCCAUCAGGAUAUACAAGCCCUUUCCCGUGCGCACCGUAUCGGCCAAAAACGUAAAGUGUUAUGCUUUCAGCUUAUGACGAAGAAUACGGUCGAGGAAAAAAUUAUGCAAAUGGGUCGAAAGAAGAUGGCUCUUGAUCAUGCACUCAUCGAAAGCAUGGAUACUAAAGAGGAAGCUGAAGACCUGGAAUCGAUUCUUAAACAUGGGGCCGCUGCUCUCUUUAGCGAUGAAUCUAAAGACAAGAUCACUUACGACGAUGCAUCCGUCGACAAACUACUUGAUCGAACUCAGAUCGAAAACACCAAUACCGGGGACGAUGAUUCCGCGGGUACCCAAUUCUCAUUUGCCCGCAUCUGGGCCAACGAUAAGGGCAAAUUGGAGAGCAAUGACAACGCAAUCCAAGACGAAGCGCCUAUAGAAAAUACGAGCAUUUGGGAAAGUAUAUUGAAAGAACGCGAGGCUGAACACCAGCGCGAACUCGCAGCGAAGCAGCAAGUUUACGGCCGUGGCGCCCGACGGCGGGGAGCAACAGUCGACUACAAAACAAACCACAAACAACGAGCAGGGAGCGACGAUUCAGAAAUGGAUAUCGAUGAUGAACUAUAUAUCGACCAAAAUGGAAUAGAGGAUGAUAGUGAUGACUACGAAGCGAUAACUGAGGCGUCAUCUACAGGGAAAGGCAAGAUACCCAAAGGAAGCCAACCCCAGGCACUAUUUCCGCAGCCACCUCCUCCCAACAAUCCUAAAACAUCUAAUGCACUACGCCAAAGCAAUCAACCAACUGCGCCGAACCCAAAGCUCCCUCCAUCUAAUCCAUUGCAAGCAACUCAACCUCAAACAGCUCAUAACAGGCAGCCCCAACACAGUGUAAACAGCAAUCCCCACUACCACCAACCCUAUAUGCUAACUAUAGCUUCUCAUACUGCUAACCCUGCCACUAUUUUACCUAACGGCUAUGGAGCCAUGACUUUUCAUCCAAUUACGAUUCAGCUUUCUAACGGCGGCCGAGACCCUUGUAUUCUCUGUUACCGCCGACAUGCUACAGGCCAGACCUGUAUCGAUCUUAAUUCAGAGCUGUCUGUACGGCUAGCACUUGAUAGACUCAGGGCAGCUAUAGACACUCCAUAUAUACAGGGUGCUCGUGCCUAUCUUUUCCAAAGGCUCCAAAUUCUAGCAAAUGGUCGACAAUUUAGGCAUUGAUGAGUGGUGUUAGUAUCAGAGGGAAACACGCGAAACGGAUUGUACGUUAGGCUACCUAAACAUAUGAAUCUGAUCUUACACAUGAAGAAACAAAGGAGGGAUAAGCCGAACAAUGACAACGCCAUCGUACAUUUAGACAAAUUUGAAAAAAAAA